UCAAAAGAGAAAACUAAAGAAGUCUUCAAGAUGGUUUUAAAUCUUGGAGAACAAAGACUUUGGUCACCAGUAGAAGCCUUAAACCUCCUUGGAGAAUUAACUAAGAACCAUCAUGAUCAAGGAUGUAUUUCCAUCAUGAAGAUUUUACAUUUGAUGGAAACAUAUCAGAUUUCUUCCAAGUGGACAGACGACAACAGCAAAACUCUUGUUGAGCUCAUAGAUUCAUGCACAACUAAGAAUCUGAUCCAGCAUUUACAAAAGAGCCUUAAAGAAGAGGAAACAAAAAGCAUUGACAACCUUUUUGAUGAAAUACGAAAGAUGAAAGAAAUUGAUGAACAAAUACUGGACAAAUCACACAACAUAGUAACUCGUGUAACAAACCUGAUCAGAACUGGUGAAAUUAAAAACCACACAAAUAUACAGAAAGCUAGGACUGCGAGUCAGAGCAUGGAGGUUGAUGACCUUCAGGAGAUCCUUGCUGUUUUAUGCAAUGCUGUAUACCUCCAAAAAGCUGAAAAGAAGUGGUGGCCAAGAACCACUCAGAUGAUAAGCUGGUGCCUGUUGGCCUUGUCUGACACUGGGAAGCUCCUGGAGAUGGGAACUGGAGAAGGGAAGUCUUGUGUCAUAGCAAUGUUUGCAGUGCUGCGUGUGCUUAGGGGUGAAAAGGUGGAUGUGGUGUCCAGUUCUUCUGUAUUAUGUCAAAGAGAUGCUGAAGAAUGGACUGAAUUCUACAAAUACUUUGGGAUUACAGUUGACACAAACACAAACAAGGCUAAAGAUGAAGAUCGGAAAGAAUGCUACCGAAAGGACGUGGUCUAUGGAACUAUUGAAACAUUCGCUGCUGAUCACCUUCGCCAGAUAUUUGAGAUGAAGGAUGUGAGGCCAGAUCGCAGUUUUCAAUGCAUCAUAAUCGAUGAAGUGGACUCACUGCUGCUAGAUCAGGGAGUGCAGUUGACAUAUCUGUCCAGCCCCAUGGUCUCCAUGCAGCAUCUGAACACUAUUCUCACCAUGAUAUGGAGCCAUGUCUGUCAAUAUGGCUUCCUUUCUACAGGACACCAGACUUUUGUACGGGGUCCUCCUGCUUCAUUCUUCAAGGUCAUCUAUGACUCAAUGAAUACUGAAGAAAGUGAAAUCAAUGAUCCAAUUGACAUUUUAAGUAUCGCUGAAGAUUCAAACAUUGUGCCAAAAGGAUUCACAGAAGAUAUGUCCAAUUGUGAAAAGGAUGAACUUCUCAGGAAACUGAAAACAGUGAGUCAGGAUGCUAUGGUUGCCUUUUUCCAUAAAAUUGAACACUAUGUCCCCUACGGCUUUACUGUUUACACUCUAGAUGACAAGGGAUUGCUUUGUCUUCAAAAGUGCAGCCCAUACAAUGACCAGGACAUUCCAGCACUCUCAUUUCUUGUCUUGGAGGAAGGCUUGUGUUGCCCUCUCUAUGAAUCAGAAGAAAUUCUCAUCAAGUCCAUUGCAGAAUUGAUCUCAGAGAGGAUUCAGUACACCCCAUGUGAAAACAAUAAAGAUAAAAUCAGCAUUCCUGGAUUCUUGAAGAAUCUGGUGGAGAAGAAAGUCUCAGUGUGGGUUCAGAAUGCCUUUCUGGCAAUGCAACUGAAGAAAGGACGAGAAUAUGUUGUAGAAAAUGACAACAUCUGUCCAGUGGACUUUAGAUCAACUGGCAUUGUUGAGCUUAAUAAGAAAUGGGGUGAUGGUCUGCAGCAGUUUGUCGAGAUCAAACACCAAAUCAAACUGAGCACAAUUUCAACAGUGACAAACUACAUUUCCAACAUCUCCUUUUUUGAAAAGUACCAGGGGAAAAUAUAUGGAACAACAGGGACACUGGGGAGCAAAGCAGACAUUCAGUUUCUGCAGGACCUAUAUCCAUAUCUUUCUGCCUGCAGAAUACCAACUUUCAACAGGAAGAAGUUAUUUGAGGUCAAAGGUACUCUGAAAAGAACAGCUGAAGAAUGGAAAUCUGAAAUAAAACAGGUGGUCAUGGAUAAGAUUUCCUCAAAUUCAUACAGAGAUGGAAGAGCAGCCCUGGUGAUCUGUGAAACUAUCAACAAAGCAAAUGAGAUCUAUGAAGAGCUGAAGAGCAGCAUCCCAGGUAAAAUCAUUCUCUACUGCCGCAGUGACAGUGACAGUUUGAGCAAAAUAGACAAGGAACUGCUUCCUGGUGAUGUCAUUGUUGCCACAAAUCUUGCUGGGCGUGGUACAGACAUAAAGGUGUCCACAGAGGUGAACAAUAAUGGAGGAUUGUUUGUGAUCCUCUCCUUCCUCUCUGAGAACACAAGGGUGGAACUCCAGGCUUUUGGUCGAACUGCACGCAAAGGUAAACCUGGAUCUGCUCAGGUAAUCAUCUCCACUGAACACCUGCAGCAGGCUUUCACCACAGUGUCCUCUCUGGAGGAAGCUAAGAACACAAGGGACCACCUUGCAGCAGAAAAAAUAAAUCAUGUGAUGAAAGAUGUUGCUGAGAUGAAGCUGCGAGAGGAUCUGUUUUCAGAAUACUGUGAAACCCUUCAAGAUAUUUAUAAUACCACAGAUGGAGAUGCGGAAAAGGCUUUUGUUGCCAUCAUGAAUGAAUUCUGGGGAAUAUGGCUGCAAACUAAAUCAGAGGAAAUUGAACAGUUGAAGAGAAAUGAGUUACAACAGAGUUUGAAAGCUGAUUUAUCAAAGGCAAAAAGUCAGUCUCAAAGUAGACUUCACCAUGUUCCAGCAUUUAUCACUACAUCACGUUUGGAAAUAUUGCACUGGAUGAAAAAAAGUGGGAUGUUGCAGCCAGGCUGUUUGAAAAAGCCAUGA